AUGACAACUCUACCGGCAAUCGACGCUCUGCUCUGGAUCCUUGGCGGUACCACGAGGGCAAUUCUCGCGGUCGCGAUCCUUCUCGGCACCUGGAUUCUCCUAUUAUGCGUGUACAAUGCAUUCCUUCACCCCUUGGCCAGAGUCCCCGGCCCAUGGGCGGCGUCACUGUCCAACAUCUGGCUCGCAUGGCACGUGAAGAAUGGCCGUGUGGCGGAGCUGGGAAAGACGCUGCAUGGGCGCUACGGGCCAGCUGUGAGGGUAGGGCCCAAUGAGAUCUGGUUCAACAGCAAGGAGGCGUUUAGGACAAUCUACAGCAGUGGGAGUGGCUUUGAGAAGUCAGAGUUUUACCGUAAGCACCUCCAGGUGACCUGGCCAGACGAGCUCGAUCUGCUCUCCGAGGGAGACAUGAAGCGAUACCGUCUCCAGCGUCGGCUGAUUGGGCCAGUCUACCGACCUAACAAUGUGCUUCGCCACGAGGGGAGCGUGGACGUGGUCAUGAAACGCGUGGUCAAGAAGCUUCGCUCGCUGCACGGCAACGAAAUCGACCUCAAGGAGUGGAUGCACCUCCUCGUCGUCGAGUGCCUCGGUGCCGUGGUCGUGUCAUGGUCGCCGGGCAUGUUGGAGAAGGAGAGCGAUCGAGGAACGAGCGUCCAUGCCUACAAUGCGUGGAGGCGCAAAUCCGUCCUGGGCUUGUUUCCCCUAGUCCCCAAGCUCGAGUCUCUGUCCAUGCCGGUUGGGCGGGCGUUCAGUAGGAUCUGGGGCAUCAACUUUGACGCGCCACCCAAAUUCCGGCCCUUCUUCCCAAAAACUGACAGGAGGCAGGCUGUGGGCCAAAAGAUUGGGCAGAGGAUCAAGGUGAUGAAGCAGGGGCAAAAGGACGCGCGCACAGAUCUCGCAGCCGAUCUUGUGCAGCUCCAUCAAGACCGACCCGAGUUUACAGAGGCGUACCUGCGCAAGAUGAUUAUGACCAACUUUGGGGCCGGGCACGAGACCAUGGCGUCGACAUUGACGUCCCUGAUGACGGCCCUGGGCGAGCACCCAGAGGUACAGCAGCAGCUGGCGGAUGAGCUGCGUCAGCUGAACAGGUACCCCUCGUACGACCAGGCGGACAAGACACCCAUCUUGCACGCCGUCCUCAAGGAAUCAAGACGCCUGUACCCCGUGGUGUCCAUGGCGCUACCACGCGUCGUCCCAGGCUCGGGGGCCCGCCUGCAUGGCUACGAUAUCCCGGCCGGGACGACGGUCGGAUGCAACCCCAUUGCCCUGCAUCGGAAUCCGGACGUGUGCGGACCAGAUCCGGCGACUUUCGAGCCUAGCAGAUGGCUAGGUGAUGAGCAGCGCGCAAAGACAAUGGACAUGUACAGCCUGGGAUGGGGUGGCGGUGCCAGGUCCUGCCCCGGGAGACACCUGGCCGAGAUGAUGGUGUGGAAGAUGGCUGUGGUUCUGCUCAGGGAGUUUGAGAUAUGUGUUCAGGCGCCAGCGGAGGAGGAGAUGCCAUCGUACUUUUUGUCGAUCAUGACUGGCGUCAAGGCACGAUUUCAGAGACGGGACAAAUGA